CGCUUCCGUCCGGCGGUCCGGCGGUCCCGGUCAGCGUCGCGCGGCUGCUAGGUGGAUGAAGCCAGUGAGACUCAUGAAGGUGUUCGUCACCCGCAGGAUCCCCCCCGAGGGCUGGGCCGCUCUCGCCCGCGCCGCAGACUGCCAGGUGGAGCACUGGGACUCGGAUGAGCCAAUCCCCGACAAGGAGCUGGAGCGAGGUGUGGCCGGGGCCCACGGCCUACUCUGUCUCCUCACUGACCGCGUGGACAAGAGGCUCCUGGAUGCCGCAGGAGCCAAUCUCAAAGUCAUCAGCACAAUGUCCGUGGGCGUUGACCACCUGGCUUUGGAUGAAAUCAAGAAGCGUGGCAUCCGUGUGGGCUACACCCCAGAUGUCCUGACAGACGCCACGGCAGAACUCGCCGUCUCCCUGCUGCUCACCACCUGUCGCCGCUUGCCAGAAGCCAUCGAGGAAGUGAGGAACGGUGGCUGGACCUCAUGGAAGCCCCUGUGGAUGUGUGGCUAUGGACUCACGCAGAGCACUGUCGGCAUCAUCGGGCUGGGACGCAUAGGUCAGGCCAUCGCUCGACGUCUGAAGCCAUUCGGCAUCCAGAAAUUUCUAUACACAGGGCGCCAGCCCAGGCCUCAGGAAGCAGCAGAAUUCCAGGCCGAGUUUGUGUCCACCCCCAAGCUGGCCGCCGAGUCUGAUUUCAUCAUUGUGGCCUGCUCCUUAACGCCUGCAACCAAGGGACUCUGCAACAAGGACUUCUUCCAGCAGAUGAAAAAGACAGCCGUGUUUGUCAACAUCAGCAGGGGAGACGUGGUGAACCAGGACGACCUGUAUCAGGCCUUGGCUGGCGGGCAGAUUGCCGCUGCUGGAAUGGAUGUGACGACCCCAGAACCGCUGCCGACAAACCACCCUCUCCUGACUCUGAAGAACUGUGUGAUCCUACCCCACAUUGGCAGUGCCACCUACGGAACCCGAAACACCAUGUCCCUGUUGGCAGCUAACAACUUGCUGGCUGGACUGAGAGGGGAGCCGAUGCCCAGUGAACUCAAGCUGUAGCCAGACAGGAGUCCCGGAGGGUCAGGAGGCCAGCGGUGCCCUUGGAGUCUGUCAGUGGGCGUAGGCUUCAUUUGGGCCCACAGGACGGGAGCCAAGGGAGAGUCUGAUCUGUUCCGAUCCUGCGGAAUGAAGACCAGGGCUGACACACGGGCUUGCCACUUUUGUGAUUGGAAUCGUCUGAGCCAAAAGUAUGUGAUCCUAUUAAAUGAUGGUCUGAGA